GACACCACUGUCACUCAGUCUCAACAGGUACACGCAUGAUACAGACCUCACACAGACAGAGAGAGAAAGAGAAAAGUAAAGAGAGAGAGAGAGCAAGAAGAGAGACAAAGAGAUAGAGAGAGCGGGAGGGAAGUAGAGGGAGGGAAGUAGAGGGAGCACACUCAGACACUGGAGGAGGACACAGAUAACCUGUCCUAUGUGUGGGUCCUCUCAAGGCUUCACAGCCUCCUCCCAGCACAGCACAGCCAUGUUAACCUCAGAUAGCUCCCCUUCACCUCACACCACAGUGGUCACCACCCCGACCAUGUCGGACUCAGACCCCCAGGACCCAGACAUGACCCACUGGAGUGAAGCUGAGUUCCAGGAGAGGUGCAUUUAUUUCGUGAAGGACCACACGUUGGAUGAGGAACCGGAGAACCAACCAGAGAACCAGGACAAGACCAAGGCUGAGAGGUCUCUACCCCGAAACCUGGUCCUGAAACGCUGCCCUGACUCUGCAGAGGUGCUUGGGGUGACCAGUCGGGAGCUCAUUCCAAAGGGGACGCGGUUUGGCCCUCUGGUUGGCCAGAGCUACACCAAUGACACGGUGCCCAAAGAUGCCAACAGGAAUUACUUCUGGAGGGUGUUUUCAGAGGGUCGGUUACAUCACAUCCUGGAUGGCUUGGACGAGGAGAAGAGUAACUGGAUGCGCUACGUCAACCCAGCCCGUUGUCACGGGGACCAGAAUCUGGCGGCGUGCCAGACUGGAAUGGCCAUCUACUUCUACACGGUGAGAGCCGUGCCACCGGGCCAGGAGCUGCUUGUGUGGUACUGCCCGGAGUUAGCCAACCGCCUCAACUACACACCCCCUGGAGAGCUCGCCACAGAGAGAAUUGAGCAAAACCAGGUUUGCGGGAAGAGUUCAGGGAAGAGGGGGUACAGCAUGUCCGAAAUCCUGAGGAAGGAGCCCACCAAGCCCCAUUCCACUUGCCCCCUACUCCCCGAAUCCACACUGUCCCCAACCUGCAGCCCUGUCCUACCCCUCUGCCCCCGUGUGGUCUACCCCAGCUACUCUCCUAUCCUAUACUGUGGCCCCCCCAUCCCCAAAAGAACCUUGGACAGCAGUCCUGUCACCCCCCACAUGCACUUUCCUGUCAAUCCUACCCCAGGCGUCUCCAUUACACCCAAACAUUACCCAGAGUCCUCAGUGCCAGGCCAGAUGUACCCCAGUCAACGGUGCAGUCCCUACCUCAUACCUCACUAUCCACUUGGCCUUAAUAGUCUACGACCUCACACAUACCCCCUGUGCAGUGACCGACUAGCUCCACAUAUACCACUUCCACCUCACAUGCUGCCCAUUGAGGGGUACCCACACUUCCUGCACCCAUCAGCCAAUGGACACAAAGAGCUCCCGGUUUCACUGACCACUACACACAAAGAACUCUCACUUACCAAUGGCAGUAGAGGUCUGCCCUUUGCACUGACAAAAAAAUACGUAAUUCAUUUGACGACCAGUGGGCGCAAACAUCUUGGUGACCUUAUACCCUCACCAAAAGAAUACCUAACAAACCUCACUGUGACACCAACAGACAAUUCCAGGGACUCUAAGCAUGCCCCUGCCAGCAGCACCUUCGAUGACCAGCCUCUAUCAGUCACCUCCAGGGCCUCAUCCAUGGCCUCAUCCCCUCUCGCACCCAGGGGAGGCUCACCACCGGCAGGCCUGGCUGCCUCCUCUGACUACCUCCCCUCCAAGCCCACAUCCGCCCUGCUGAGUUCCAGCCACAGUGCAGAGGAAGGGGUAGUAGUAGACCUGCGGAAGGCCAGACGUGGUGGACGGGUCAUCGGGUACAAGACCCUGUCCUACCCGCUCACCCGGAAGAACGGGAAGAUCCGGUACGAGUGCAACGUCUGCAGCAAGAUCUUCGGUCAGCUGUCCAACCUCAAGGUUCACCUGCGUGUCCACAGUGGAGAGCGGCCCUUUAGGUGUCAGACCUGCACUAAGGACUUCACCCAGCUGGCCCACCUCCAGAAACACUUCCUGGUUCACACUGGGGAGAAGCCACAUGAGUGCCAGGUGUGCCGCAAGCGCUUCAGUAGCACCAGCAACCUGAAGACCCACAUGCGUCUCCACUCAGGCGAGAGGCCCUACCAGUGCAAGCUGUGCAGCGGCCCGAUUCACCCCAACAUGUUCACCUUAAGCUCCACAAGCGCCUGCACACUGUCGAGCGCCCACACCGGUGCCCACUCUGCCCACGCUCCUAACUCCACCACUGCCUCCUCCAGGUGCACCUCCAGGGCUUCUGCCCCGCUGGCUCCACCCCAUCAGGCUCCGUCCCCUCAGCUGAAGAGCUUCACUGCAUCAACACCGAGAUGGAGCAGUUCGACCUGAGAAAGGAAGGCAGAACACUGAAGAGGAUGGUGAUGGAGGCGGAGAAGUGGAACACCUACAUCAGCGUCCUAUUGCAAGAGAUGAGGACCUACAGCCACCAAGCGAGCGCUGAUAAGAAUGUGUUCCUGGAGCUUGGUUUCUACGAAGCAGCAGCAGCAAGGUAGUCCUCGGUCCUUAGAGGUUGUGGCAUCGCAGCCGCCCUCUACCUCUGCAUGCUGGCCAUAUUAAACCGGAGUUGGCCAUAUGAUGUAACGAACCACUAAUACCCUUUUCACACUACUGAGCCUAGACAUCCCAAGCCAAGCUGUACUUCACUGGCCUGAUUGAUUAUUCAUCCACAUUAUUUCCUGGAAACGUAUGCUGGAAAGGACAAUGUGAAAAAGAAAUACCCGGCAAAGUACAGCUUGGUUGAAAAUUCUAGUGUGGAAAGGGUACAAGAGACAGCGCACCUAUAAUCCAUCAUGCUGACAGUGGCUGAUAGUGACCUUGACUGUUUGAAGCAAGGCUUUGUCUCCAUUACAGGGGUCUUUCCUCAAGGCUAUGGGAAGAAGUGGGACAACCAUGAAAACCUUAUUGUGAGAGCAUAUAAACAUGAGACUUGUAUUGUACCUAUUAAAUCCUCAGCCUUAUUGUUUAAUUUAUUAAGCAGCUUAUUGUAACCUGAGGAAGCCAGAAAGACAGGGAGAUUUGUGAUCAAAUGUUUAUAACAGGGUUCUAUUUACUACCAUCUGGUUUUAUGAUUUUGUACUAUUUGACGAUGUGGAGUGAUAACAGAAGAGACAAUUCAUGUCUUACUUUAAAUUUGUAUUUGUUUAUUCA